AUGUUUCUCGGCGGAUCACGAAUACUUGUAGCCAGUCACCAACGUUUUGUCUUCACUGCGCUACCGGUUUACCGUAAAUUCCAUGUCUCAGUUGCGGCCUUAAAAUUAUCACCAUUUGAUCCAAACGCGGACGUCCCUAUCCAACCACAGGCUGAACCAACUCCUUCGGACAAUCCUCAACAGGACCCUCGCUUACUACAUGAGGACCCUUACUUCCAACAUAUGGUCAACAUAAUAAUGCGUGAUGGCAAGAAAGCCCGUACACAGAGGAUAGUUUCAGAUGCGCUAGUCUACAUCCGAACUGAAACUAAUUCAGACCCAUUGCUCGUCCUAAAAGAAGCAAUUAUUAAAGCAUCUCCAACAGUGAAGUUGUAUAAUAAAAAGAAAGGAGCAAAGGCUGUACAAGUACCAACACCGUUGAAUGACAGACAGAAGGCGUUUAGGGCUAUAAAAUGGAUAAUAGAUGCGUCGGAUAAGAGACAGGAUCAUAGUUUUAGCGUUAGGUUGGCUCAAGAGAUCUUGGCCAUUGUGAAUGGGAGUAGUUCAGUGUUGGCGAAGAGAGAACAAUUACAUCGGUUAGCAGUUACCUGUAGAGCAAAUUUGCCUAUUAAAUGGUGA